AACAUUUUAUAGGAGAUGUUGUUUAUGUUGAUAUUUUUCAUGUAUAAGAAUACACCUUCCUUUCUUGAGUUGGCAUCAUUUCUUCUCUACGUUUUUUUUCCUAACAGUCCUACUGCCGAGCCUGAAGCAAAACCUACUGAAGAAAUUCCAGACGGCUAUCCUAUUAUUGCCCCUAAACCCUUUCCCAAAGUUCCUCCUAGAGAACCACCAAAACAGGUUGUACCCAGAGAGGUCCCACAACCACCAAGAGAGGUAAUUACAGCACCCAGGGAGGUUAUACCACCAACCAUAGAGGUCAAUGCACCGCCCAUAGAGGUCACACCACCAGCCAGAGAGGUACCACCAAGGGAUUACCCAUCAGCACCCAGGGAGGUCAUAUUACCACCUAGAGAAGUUGUACUGCCAACCAGAGAUGUUGAACUACCAUCCAGAGAUGUAAUUACACCACCCAGAGAGGUCGUACCACCACCCAGAGAGGUUGUACCACCACCCAGAGAGGUUGUACCACCACCCAGAGAGGUUGUACCACCACCCAGAGAAGUCGUACCACCACCCAGAGAAGUUGUACCACCACCCAGAGAAGUUGUACCACCACCCAGAGAGGUUGUACCACCACCCAGAGAAGUCGUACCACCACCCAGAGAAGCCGUACCACUACCCAGAGAAGUCGUACCACUACCCAGAGAAGUCGUACCACUACCCAGAGAGGUCGUACCACUACCCAGAGAGGUCGUACCACCACCCAGAGAAGUCUUACCACCACCCAGAGAGGUCACCCCAGCACCAAGAGAGGUUUUACCACCACCCAGAGAGGUCACACCAGCACCAAGAGAGCUUUUACUACCACCAAGAGACUUUGUGCUACCACGAAGAGAGGUCACACCAGCACCUAGGCUACCACCUAGAGAGGUGAAACCAGAACCCGCGGAGAGGGACUUGGGAUUGCUGUAUGAAAUGACAGGGGAGAUUGGUGGCGUUAUCCUCACCGGGUUCCAGAGUUUCAAGUUCAGCAGUUUCGCGAGUGACGAUGAGCAGAUCGACGACGCGUUGGACUACGAGGAUGUCCCUUCCAUUAUUCGGAGCGACAGUGACCUCAGCGCCUGCCAGUCCAGCAGUUCCCUCUCCUCCGGGGUCUCCAGCACCCACAGCGGCAGCAUGGAGGAUACCGACUCCACUCAGCAAUCUGUGCUCAUCAAAACUGGGUGGCUGGACAAGAACCCUCCCCAAGGGUCGUACAUUUUCCAGAAGCGAUGGGUGAAGUUGGAUCUGGACUAUCUGCGCUACUAUGAGAGCGACAAGGACAUGUACUCUAAUGGCUUCAUCAAAACCAAUUUCAUAGCGGAAGUUGCUCCCUGUGGGGAUCAGAAAUUUGAAGUCAGGACCUCCAACCGCGACUUUGUCUUCCGGGCUGAGAGUGAUGAGGUUCGUAAUGAAUGGGUAAAAGCCUUCAAGCAGGUGGUAGAUGAGAAGCGGAACCGAUUAUCUACUUACCAUCCAGUGCCCAUCAACUCCAUGGGGGCGGACAAGAGCGGCUUCCUGGAACUGAGGGGCUUCAGGAACAAGGUGUACGUGGAGGUGGUGAUGGACAAGGUGUUCCUGUACAAGAGCGCCGAGGAUCACGCGUCCGGAGUCGGAUUAAAGUUUAUUGAUAUGAAUCUCGGCAGCGUGAAGGAUUCCGACAGGAGAAGCUUCGACCUGACAACUCCUUACAAGACCUUCAGCUUCUCAGCAGACAGCGAGUCGGAGAAGGGCGAGUGGGUGGAAGCCAUGUUGCAGUCCAUUGGAGAAGCGCUUUCCAACCUUGAAGUAGCCAAGAAGAUCUGGUUGGUGGAAGCGAAUCGGCGCUGCGCAGACUGUAACGCGCCCAAUCCAGACUGGGCAUCGAUCAACCUGUGUGUGGUGAUGUGCAAGAGAUGCGCAGGGGAGCACCGGAGCCUGGGGCCAAACAUCAGCAAAGUGCGGAGUCUCAAGAUGGACCAUAAGGUUUGGACCCAGGAGCUGAUAGAGCUGUUUCAGAGAAUCGGUAAUACCGCGAGCAAUAAGUUCUGGGCGGCCAAUGUCCCCCCCAGCGAAGCCAUCGACGUGACCAGCAGCAUGGCGGAGAGGAAAAAGUUCAUCUUGGCCAAAUACCGGGAGGGAAAGUACCGGCGGUACCACCAGCUCUUUGGGAACCAGGCCGAGUUGGACAAGGCCCUGUGUGCCGCAGUGACCACCAGUGAUCUGACUGAGACGCAGGCGUUGGUGUUCUGCGGGGCGGACGUGAGCUGCAGCACGGGGGACCCCUCCUAUCCCACCCCCAUCGCAUUGGCGGAGCAGGCGGGGCAGCGGCUACAGAUGGAAUUCCUCAUGCAGAACCGGACGUCAGAAAUCCCUCGCCUGGAGCUGGGGACCAACAUAGAGAAGGAAUACUACGUGGUGCGCCCCAACAUCACCCACAAUGGCUUCCUUUACAAAACGUCAUCUAUGAAUCGAUUGGUCACCGAAAGGAAAGCCAAGGAAGAGUUCAGCCGGCGUUGGUGCGUGCUCAAUGACGGGGUUCUCAGCUACUACGAGACCAACCUCAGCUCCACCCCCAACGGCGAGAUUAAAAUGGGGGAGAUUGUGUGCGUUGCGGUGAACCCUCCAGACACUCACGGGUAUGAAAGCACUUUUGAAAUUUACACUCAGUCGGAGCGUCUCUAUCUGUUUGCUGCCGACUCCCCCGAGGAGGCCAGAGAAUGGGUGAAAUCCAUCACUAAGUGUUUCCUUCCCCUAAAAGCCGAGGAGCUUCUCAGUCGCGACUUUGACCGGAUUGGGCGGCUGCAGUACAAAGGGGGGCGGAGCCUGGAGCGCACGGCGGUCGGUUGGUUCUCUCUCUAUAAAACCAAACUCUGCAUGUACCUGGAGGAGGGGGACACGGUGGAGGUCAUUCACCUGAAGAAGCUUUCUGAGCUCUCUCCAUCGACCAGGGAGAGGGAUGUUCUGGUUCUGGUGGCCCAAGGCAGGACGACGUAUAUCCUGGCAGAGAGGAAGUUGGAUUUUUCUGGCUGGGAGAAUGCGAUCCAGAAGGCGAGUAGCUCCACGGGGGACACGUUAUCGGAGCAGCAGCUGACGGGUUCCGAUGUUCCUGUCCUGGUGCACAAGUGCAUCGAUCACAUAUCCCAGUUUGGAAUGGCCUCUGAAGGAAUCUACAGGAAGAGCGGGCAGAACUCUAAGACCACGAGCCUCCUGGAGGCCCUGAAGAAGGACGCACGCAGAGUUGUGCUGAAGGAAGAGGAGCACCACGUAGACAACGUCUCUGACACACUGAAGAGGUUCUUUAGGGGAUUGGAGGAGGGAGUCUUUGGGGAGCACUGCCAGGACUGGCUAAAUGUAGCAGAUAUAGACGAUGAGCACAUGAGGAUUGGAAGGUACCAGGAGAUUCUUCAGAAACUGCCCCAGAUCAACAGAGCUACUCUCAAAGCACUAAUUACUCACCUAUACUGCAUUCAGCACUUUUCGGACGAGAAUCAAAUGAAUGUCCAUAACUUGGCCAUUGUGUUUGGCCCCACCCUCUUCCAGACGGACGGACAGAACUACAAGCCGGGGCGCGUGGUGGAAGACCUCGUCAAUUGCUUCCGACCCAUUUUCGGGGUGAGUGAGAUGGAGUUGCAGAAGCAGCUGAAUGUCAUCAAGGCCAUAAUCAAGCUCCGAGCGACGGGGAAACCCAAGCACCAGAGCCCCGCAUUUAUCUGCACGGUUUAUCUGGAAGAAAGGGGUAACAAAUCAGAACACAGCGUGCAGAUUCCCGCCAACAUGACGGCAGAAGAGCUGACAAAGAUGGUUCUGGGAAUGAGGGGCAUCCACCGAGAAGCGACUGAGUACUGGGGCUGCGCCGAGGUGGACGAGACUGAGGAGACAGAGCGGCCCCUCCACUUCUCUGAGAAGGUUCUGCACAUCUAUCACUCAGACAGAGCCAACUGUAAUCUGGUUGUAAAGAAGCACACACACAUGGCCACCAUGCUCACGUAUAUCAACAGCCGAGCGGGUGAUACCAAGAAUGGACCAAUAAAGUUCCGCGAGGAGAAAAGCCUGCUGGGAUUUAACGCCGCCUUCCACGAGCGCUACUUCAUGCUGAAUAACGCCAUGUUGCGCAUGUACAAGGAGAUACGGAGCGCCAAGCGGGCGAGUCUGUCUGCGGAGAGCGGGAGUGAGAGUCACCGGGCGGAGAAGGAGUGGCCAGUGAAGAACCUCACUAUUUAUUUGGGUAUCAAGAAGAAAAUCCGUCCCCCCACCAGCUGGGGAUUUACUGUCGUGUACAAGAAUGAGAAGCAGGAGAAGACACAAUGGUACCUGAGCUUCGAUACAGUGAGGGACAUGAGGGAGUGGUUCGCUGCGUUCACUUUUGUUCAGCACGGCAGCCUGUGGCCACAUGAGAGCGACGUGGGCCGGCCCCCGAGGACCAGUAUGGAGUCCAGACUGGGGAACAUGUCCCUCAUCCCUAUACGGGGCAACGAGAAUGAAAUAAGGAGGAGCCUCUCACAAUUAACCAUAGACCCAGUGUCGCUUCUUGGUAGAGUAUGAGGCCGGUGGGAGGAGUCAAAGGUCGGACUUUCUGUACAGAGGAAUGAGCCCCACAGGCAGAAGGAAUAACGGACUCACUGGAGACUGUUGGACAGACGGUCUCUAUCUCGGCAUUAGAACCGGCCCUGUGUAAAGAACCUACAGAAUCAAGUGUUUGAAUCCAUUUUGCACAUUGAAGCCCCGCCCACUGUUGGACGCGUGUAACGGAUCGUCUGCGGAACAUUGUACAUAAGUGACGCGAUUCUGCGUUGGAUUUGGGAAGACGAUACGAAGGGACAGGUCAUGUCUACUUGAAAUCUACCUUGAUCCCCCCGCGGAAGCCUCUCGGAAUGUUCUGGGUCACGGCUCAAUAUAGCCAUAGGGCUGAGGGCCAAUCACCUUCAUCUACUGCCCCCAAGGAGUGCUUCUGGGGGUGCCAUAAAGCUAUGAAUGUUCCGCGGGGGCGUGGCCUGCUCUGCGUGGGCGGAAGUGCCUUAUUUUCAUGUUUUGUCAUUGGGAGAAUUUCUGGCAAUUUCCGGCACAGGGAGGAGCCACAUUUGCCGCAACUGCUCAGGACGUUUUUACCCGGCAGCGACUGCAGCGCGACUUUAUCUUGUAAAUGUCCCCCUUUCCUCAGUUUGUGCGUUUUUAAUCACUUUUAACAGUUUUGGGGCUUCGAUUGCGCCCCCCAAGGCCUCGACAACACGGCAAGUACCGCGUUCUGCUGUGGCUCCUAAUGGAAGGAAAUCUCGCUAGUUUCCCGGGUUUAUUCCUUAUUAUUAACCCUUCCCUGUAUGUCCAAGGGGGCAGGGCACGCCUAACACAACCGAAGGGGAAGGUUGCCCUUUAAAUUAACUUUGAUUGUGUUGCAGGUAAAAUGUGAGCACCUUUGUGAUUGGCCUUCGGUUAUUUUUAUUUUAUAAUUCUACCUCUCUGAAAAGUAAAAUCCUAAUCUGGUUGCUAGGGUGUGUUUGCCUAGAGACCAGGUAACUGUAUACAUUCCAAACUGUUUGCCUGCCCUUGGACUGUAACUCCCAGCACCCUUCCCUCCUUCUGUGAAAGCUACGAGUUGUAGUGCAACAGCAGCAGCUGGAGGGGUGCAACUAGGGCCCCCCUGAUUAUGUAACCCCCCCCCCGGGAAUUGUAUUUUCUUACUAAACGCUUAUUUUGUACAGAGUCGCCCCUUGUGAUAAUGUAAAUAAUAAAAACUGGUUGCACUUAA